UUUGGCAGCUCCGGAGGCUGCAGACACUGAUAGGGGAUUUAAGUGGCGGGGGACUCGAGCACUUGACAGACAGACAUUUAAAGAGGAAGCAGGACCAGCAGGGCUGACACCAAAACAGACAUACUGAGCUUUUUUAGAGUUUGCCCACAUCUGAAAGGAAGAAAAUUGGUGGCUUCUUUUGAACCUUUUUUUUUUUCCACAAGGAUUUACAGCAGCAGCAGGAUCUGGAGACCUGUGGACUCAGAGGAGAAGUCAAACUUACACAUUGUGACCUGAAAUUGGCAGUGAAGUGAAGGCUACUUUUCAGGGGAGAGUGGGUGAAGAAGUGUAGAGUUUAAACACAGAGGAAUUUGUCCAGAUAUUUAAUCAAGAGUUCUUGAAAUAUCUCAAGGGUUUUCAGUUAAAAUAAACAAAAAAGAUUGCAAGCUGAGAAGACACCUUAGUAAAAUCUGAAGGUUUUUAAGGUGAUUUUAAGCUCCUUGAUAUUUAACUGGACACCUCAGGCUGUGCAUCAAAGCUCCUGCAGUUAAAGGUGCAUGUUUUAAAGCCUCCUCCAUUUGGCGUGUCUGGCUCUCUCUGACAGGUCACGUCUGGCUUUGACACACACACUCACUAAAACACACUCUCUUUAGUGCAGCUGGAAGAUUAAGAGUUGGUGUUGUACAUACCGGCACAGAGAGACUAAGUGUGUGUGGUCUGGAGGACUCAGCUGGUCUGAGAGAAGCAGCCAGCUCUCGAACUGCUGAGAGUUUCUCAGACAAGGCGAGUGGAGCCAAAGGAUGAGGAUGAAGAUGAGCCGGACUCUGUGCAGACUGUCCUGCCUGGUGACUCUGGUGGUGGAGCUGAGCUGGAUAGAUGUUGGAUACAGCAUGUACGGACAGGCAGGGAGCAGGAAAUCUCCUGUAACCAACUCUCAAAGGGAAAAGGAGGAAAUAAGGGAGGAAUGGGAGAAGAAAGUCCGCUCAGCCUCCAGCCUGGAUGAGCUGCUGAUGCUCGCAGACUUUCCUGACUGGAAGUUGUGGAAAUGUCGUCUGAGACUGCAGCAGCCAGAGACCCUCUCCUCCCUGCCUUCAGCAGGAUCACACCGCUCCACACGCUACGCUGCCGAGUCUUACAGCCUGGAGAUACUCAAAGCCAUUGAUGAAGAGUGGCAGCGGACUCAGUGUAUGCCGAGGGAAACCUGCGUAGAUGUGGCCAAGGAGCUGGGAACAGACCCCUCAAUGUUCUUCAAGCCCCCCUGUGUGUCUGUGUACAGGUGCAGUGGUUGCUGCAAUCAAGAGGGCGUCACCUGCAGAAACACAACGGUUGAAUACGUGAAUAAAACUGUUCUAAGUGUCAUUCCAUACAAGUUUGUUCCAGAACCAGUGCUUAUAAAAGUAGCUAAUCACACAGAGUGCAGGUGCAUGGAGCCCGCUAUAAUACGGCGUAAUGCUCAACCUGGCAGCAGCAGUGGCUGUUCUCCGAUGAGCCAGCUGUCAAGCUCAGAGGACUCCAGGAGACUUUGUGCCAGUGGGUUGAUUUGGGAUUGUUCAACAGACAGAUGCAUACCCUACCCUUCCAGUGCACCAGAGUUCCCACUCAGCUCAUGGAUGCCUGACUGUGAGAUAGAUGUGGAUCGCUGCGAUUGUCUUCCUAGAACUGUGCCGCCUCUCCAGACGAGACCAAUCCACCGCUGUCAUCUGAACUCCUCCAUCUGUGCCCACAGGAAUCAGCGUUUUGAUCCAAACUCCUGCAGAUGCAGAUAUCCCAAGUAGCUGUCUACUGGAGAAAAUAAUUACGACAACCUGCUCACCAAGGACAUUUGGAUGUUUGGAGGUGGAGAAAAAAGACUCAUAAUUUAUUUACAGUGCUAUUUAUACCGAUCACUUAAAAUAAUUAAGAUGAUAUUAACUAACAUGACAAUGUUAAUUGAUUUUAACAUGUGUACUUUAUGUUCCAAUCUAUUUGUAAAGUUUUAUGAUUUGUACAUUUGUUC